GCUCACUCUCCAGAUCCCAAUCACCUGUUCACGCACCUGUAUAUCAUCACACACUAUUUAGUUCUGUUCUUUACACCCCUUCAUUGUGAGGUAUUGUUUGUUUUGUGAGCUCUGUUUUUCUCGUAAUUUAAUCCUCCCGUGUAUGAUAAUUUUGGCCUGCCUCGCUAACGACGCCUUUUGCCUAUUCCCUGCCUGUACUUUAGCCUGUCGGAUUUCCUGUUAUCAACAUAUUGCCUUAUCUCCCGGAUGACGUUACUAGCCUUUUCCCUGCCUGUACUGUUGCCUUUUUGGACCCCCUGUGUAUGACCUUCUGCCUGCCCCUGGACCCAGCUACCUGCCUCCUCCUGUAGUUCUUUAACACCUGCUGCACCCUGCGCUUGAAACCAGCUCUCUGUCUCCCAUCGUGUUCAUUACAGAUAACUUCUACCCCCCAGAGCAGCUCAGCAACUCCCCCUCUUCCAGAUGACCACCUUCUGCCUGAGGGCUCUGAAAUAUUCCCCCAGAGUGCUCCAUGUUCCCACAAAACAUCUGGCUCCCCUGGGGAAGACUUUCUCCUGUCCCUUCACCUGUACCAAGUAUGUCUCAGCAACAAAAUAAUUCUCAGGUGGAUGAAGAGCAGAAGGAGGAAAAGGCCCCUGCAUCUGAAGAUGGAGGUCCCAGAGAGGAGGACAAUGGAGGUUGAGGAGACAUCUCUAACAGACAGAACCAGCCCCUUGUCCAGCCUGCUGUCAGACCCAGACCUGGCCUCUCUGGAUAGUCUGGAGGCACCAGAGGAGCACCAAGCCUUAGACUACUACCACCCCAGCCUCACCCAACAGGAGGGGGAGAGGGAGAAAUUGGGUCUACAGACUGACACCCUGAAAGCUUGGAGCUCUGGUGAGCCCAUUGGCAGUACACUAGAGGAGAGGGAGAAACAUGUUAACUCUGAGUUCUCUCAUGGACCAGACACCGUGAGAGAUGGGGAUGGUGAGAGGACACUCCAAACCUCUGACCAUGAGGCAGCACUACAUCAGGAGUCCACCACUGCUCCUCAAAAUGAAGAGUCCUCAUUGUGUAGUGGUGAGACUGCUAGCAGGGCUCCUGGUGACAGAGAUGCUCUGUCAGAGGAUGAGACCCCGGGGUUGUUGCACUACACAGCUGAUUUGUUGUUGGCAAAUCUGACACACAUCAGCCAGGAACAUUCCUACACAGAGAAGACGACAGGAAGUAAAAACGCUCUGAACCUGUGGAGAUCCCUCAUUUCUUCCUCAUCUUACCACAUGGAGGCUUCUAUGAGAUCUCAACACGUAACACCCAUCUUGCCCCUUGCCUUUUCUGACCCAAUCCAGGGCGAGUCCAAGUCCUCUGAAGGGAAGAUGGUGAAGUACAGGGGUGUGGUUUGGCACCAUCAAAACCAUGGUGAAGACGUAGAGGCUCCUGGGCCCCUCCAACGGCCUGGUGGCGGGUCUCCAGAGACCGAUGCGCUUUGCCUCGGUCCGCAUAGACCUCUGACUCCAUGAAGCAGUUCUACACCCGGGGAACAGACAAUGCAGGCAUUGGGAGUCAGCUGAUGGCAGGCUGUACGACCGGGGCCAUGGCAGUAGCCUUUGCUCAGCCAACAGACAUGGUGAAAGUGCAGUUCCGGGCUCAAGUAAGGGGAGCCGAAAGGGUGAAGAGAUGUAGCGGCACCACGGAUGCCUACAGAACCAUCGCCAGGACUGAGGGCAUCAAAGGACUCUGGAAAGGUUGUGGCCCAAACAUAACUCGUAACGCCAUAGUGAACUGUUCGGAGCUGCUGACUUAUAACAUCAUGACUGGUUCAUGCCUUCUUUCCUUCGCCUUGGCUCCUGGAACAUCGUAAUGUUUGUCACAUAUGAGCAAAUCAAGAUGCCUGUGAUGAGAUCUCAGCAGUCCUGGGAGUCUCUUAUCUAACCUGUAUCAUCCUGACGGACUGCUGUGUGGAUUUCUCCUACUGAUUAUGAUGUUCAAAACCAUGACCGCUUGUACAGGCAGAGCACAUCUUCAUUUAAAGGAGGAACCACACAACUAUUAGCCUGGUCCCAGAUCUGUUUGUGCUCUUGCCAACUCCAUUGUCCUUGUCAAGCCUUGGCAAUGAUUGACGAGGAGUUGGCGUGAUAGCACAAACAGACUUGCACUCAGGCUACGAGUCUGACUUCUGUACAGGGAAAUACACCCCCUACAGGGAUGUGUGACCCCACAUAUCUCCAUGAUGCCUUGUACCAGAGACUAUGGGCCACACAGACUAUUGAUACAACGUGACUCAAUAAUGGAAUGAAUGGCCUGACAGACUAGUGAUGGUUUAUGUAGCUUGCGUUUACAGUAGGUUAGGGAUUAUAUAUUAUGCUUCCUUGCUGGUCUAUAAGGUGCAUAAUGUGACCAUCAAAUGUUGUGUAUUAUGCCUAUUUGUAACAGAACUUUGCCUCAAAAUAUCCAUUAACAUUUAUUUUUUGUUUAAUGCCUAAUCCUGGUGGUUUUGUGUUCAUAACAAAUAAUCCAACAUUCUAGUAAGCAAUCCAAUGCCAUAACCAUUCAUUUUUAGAUAAGGAGGUGGUACUAUGCAUAUUACCACUGCAUGUGAAGUUGUUUGAUAUUACUGCUGGUAUACAGUAACUGUAAUUUUGGACCAAGUCUUGAAGAGUCCAAAAUAAUUAUGAAUGUUGGAUGUCCUAAAUGUUACUUAUGUCUUGUUAUGCUAUUUUAGGAGUAAAAUAUUAUUUAUCAGUAAAAUAACUACAUGGUUA